GAAUGGUAGUGUAUCACGGUUUCAUUGAAUCGUUCACUCGUUUCUUUCUACGGCUCACUGAAUGUUGUGCUGUAUCUGUGUUGAUCAGGGUUGUUCUGGAUCGAUCCGAAUCUGGGCUGUACGUCUGACGCCGUCCAGGUGUUCUGUAACUUCACCGCAGGCGGACAGACCUGCUUGAACCCCGUUACAGUGGAUAAGGCCGCGUUUGAUGUCGGGAAAGUCCAGAUGAAGUUCUUACACUUGCUGAGCGUCACGGCAACCCAGACUGUAUCCCUCCACUGCUACAGUGACCCGGCGACGGUCGCCAUGGAGAGGCCUCGGGCCCUGCGUUUCCGGGGUUGGAACGGUCAGGUGUUCGAGGAAAACUCUCCUCUGAGUCCACAUCUGGUUCUGGACGACUGUGAGAUCCGUGAUGGCAGCUGGCAUCAGUCACGAUUCCUGUUUCAAACCCAGGACACUCAGCAGCUUCCCAUCGUGGACAUUCAAGGCGUACAUCCCUCACAUCCAGGAGACCAGCGGCACGUGGAAGUGGGUCCUGUUUGCUUCCUGUGAAAUCACUGAAGGACUUGAAACGGUCCUGAUCCUCAAAUCAGAGCAGCGGCGAACUGAGCGACUGUGACGGUCCUGGGACGUCUCUAAAACCCUCCUGAAGAGCGAGCGCGUCUCCAGCCCGGGACGCCGCUCCAUCCGUGUGUUUUGAGAGACCGCUGUUGUGAUUUAUCUGUUGUGGUUCAGUGUGUCAGGUGAUUUUCUUCCAUUCAAACAUGCACCAAGUCUUGGGCAGAGUCCUUGUGAAUUGUACGUUCGAUCUCGAAUGGAUAAAGAGCCAGAUGAGCAAACGAUGAAAAGGCCGAGACGGUGCUCUACCUCCUUCACGUACAGGUGCUCGUGUUCAGGUGCAUCCGGCCCGAAACAAACUCUACGCAACUACGAGAAUGCAAACUCCAUUUAGUGCAUCAUUGUGUUCUGCAAUCAGUUUUUCUGUCAGGUCAAGGCUGAGCAACAGUUUGAAGGCAGUCUUGCUGACCAAGUUAAUCAGUGGACAACGCUUAGAACGACACUAACUAUGUUUCUAUCCAAGUGAUUUGUGGCGUAUUACCUAAAAAAUGUUGAAUGGAAACAUCAAGAAGUGCAUAAAAUCAUUAAAAAAUUUUGUUUUUGCAUAAAACGCUGCACGGAAAUGGCAAGGAACACAUAAAAUCUAAAAAAUUAAAAUAUAAUAUUGCAGUAUCAUAUAAGAAAAGUGGGAUGGAAAUGCCAAGAAUUGCAUAAAAUCCUAAAAUUUUCUAUUAUCACAAAACAAACAAAUUUAAAAAA